GCAUUUUUAGAUUAGGAUCAUAAUAUCAAACCCCGGUAAGUUUAAAGAAUGGUGAAAGAAAGCAUCAUAAGGGAUUAUGAAGUUAUGGGGAAUUUAAGGUAUGAAGAGUUUAUUUUAUAAUCUUCUAAGUGGAAAAUCGGAGUUACUUUUGAAGACGCUGGCGGAUAUGUGCAGCGCAACUAGCUUUUUGGAAGAAGAGUCAAUUAGGCUAGUACAGUAUGAAACGGAAAUGCGAUGCUUAAUUGAUGAGAGGUCUUUUAUCCUCAGUCAACUCCAGAAUGUUGAGCAAGACAUAUCAGCGCUGGGAGCAAUAGUUCGUCAAGCUUGGUCUGAUCGAAACAAGAGUAUUUUUUGCAUUCAAAAACUGUAUGGUGAAUAUAGUCAACUUUUGAAUAACAUAAACAAGCACAGAAAGGAUUUUAAGUUGGAACCUUUUAAAGAUCUAUACAAACCUCCCAAAGUAGUGUUGGAAGAUCACAAGGAUACCGUAGAAGUUGUUUGUUGCGAAACGAAUGGGUUAGAAAUCGAGUCAAGUAGAAGUCAUCAAAGUUCGAAGCAGCCAUCACUAAAUAACGGACGUGAAAUAGAGUCACACGGACGACAAAGUAAAAGGGCAAGUUACAAAAACACAAAGUUACAGCAAAACUCAAGUAUCAAAACGAACAACGAAGAUUUCAAGGAUUACCAAAUUUCAAAGAGAAAUCAUAAUGACAGUCAAACACUACCCAGUCAUCCUAAUGCGAUUCAUGUGACGGACAGUUUUAUCCCAUCUACCACAGAAACGGAAAUUAUUAAGAGUAACAAUCAAGUGCUUGAUGAUGACUUUUCCUACCACGAAGAAAAGGAUAAGCACGAAAGCGGCAUACACAAUCGUAGUUUUAGCGUUUUAACAUGGCCAAAUGAUGAACAUAUUCAAGUUAACCUCCGUAGAUAUACCAGUUUAUCUGAUUGUAAUCUAGAUCAUAUCAGUUCGGAAACUCCAUCAACUUCCCUACUUAGUCAGGUCAGGUCAGUCAGUUUAGAUUUUUGUCAAUCAUUGAUCCAUACAAGCGAAUCCCGACUGAUAGCGCAAUGUCCACCCAUGAAGACUUGUCAAGCUUGUCAACAGUUGAUUCAUAGAAAUGCUCCAAUAUGCCCACUAUGUAAAACCAAAAGCAGAUCAAGGAAUCCGAAAAAGCCAAAAUUACGUCCGAAUAUGCAAGUUAUGAAUAUCCCAAAUUCAACAACAGGUGUCUUUUUGACUUCGGAUUUGAUACAUGAUCACCAAUAAAACUAUACGACAACCCAUUAACUGUCCUGCUUACUUAGCAGUCCCGCUUUCGAAACUUUAAUUUAUACGACUUAUAGUAUUCAUCAUGACGAUCUUUGCCAAUAAAGUGCAUUUAUUAAUGACUCAAAUCGAUAUAUAUAAUGCUUUCUGUGUAUUUCGAAUAUUGAUCUAUUUAAAACAAAA